GAGAGAGAGAGAGAGAGAGAGAGAGCAGAGAGGAAGAGAGGCUGCACAAUCACAGAGAAUCAAUCAGAGAAAGUCACAGAGAUGAUGCUUCCACAGCUGCUUCUGAUCAGCGUCCUCGGGUUCACAUGGACAACAGUGACUGGAAUGCCUUGCUCUCAGAUGUUUCCCUCUCAGUCGCCUCCUUCAAACGUUAACAGCGUUAGACCUUCAGAUGUGGCCGUGCUCUCCUCCGUUGGACUUCACAUGCACAGCACUGAGCUCUCCACGGUGGUAUCAAGACUCACAGAGCUGCUGACCCUGUUCAGUCCUGCACUGAUCAGUCCUCUGUCGGAUCAAACAAACCCGUACAGCCCUCAGUUUGUUCAACACAGCUCACUGGUGGAGCAGGCAAAGGAAGUCUCCCGCUACCUCCAACACAAUCAGGUCGUUGAUGUGGAGAAAGACUGGAAGAUUCUCCUUCUCUUUGUUCAGGUGGAUCAGCUCUGUCCCUGUGAGCAGCAGCAGGUUCAGUCUGUAGUCCGAGCCGUGGUUAAAGACGUGGAUGAGGCUCUGCAGCUGUUGCACUCUCAGCUGAAGAGGACCAUCGUAAGUGUGGCACUGUGGGAUGGAGAGCACGACAGUUGCCAGAAAAAGAUGUGCAUGGAGACAAACAGUGAAGGAGAAGUCAGACUGCUCAGGGCCAUGCUGAGUCAGGCUCUGCAGGAGUCCUUGGAUGAGCUGCUUGUAAAGAAGAGCUGGUUCAAUGACAGAGAUGACUUCACUGUGAUUCUGCAGGACACGCCGUUCAUCCCAGACAUUUCAUCUGUCUCUAGUGGGAAGCCUCUUUCUGAGUCACAAGUGUCACAACAAACUGAUAAACAGCUGGUGCAGAUGUGGACAAACCUGCUGCAGCCCACAAAUGGCCAACAUAACACAGAUGACAAUGGAAAGAUCAUCGCACUGCCAUGUCCAACCGAGCACCGACCCUUCCUGAGGACGGAGGGGAACUCUCCCUCGUAUCACCACCAUGGUGAAUCUCCUCUCGUUCUCCCAUUUACAGGCACAGAGAUGCCCUGUGAGGACUUUAGCACCUCGCCCUCCAUACCUGCCACAGUUCAUGAACUCCGGCCCGGAGAUAUCAAAGUGGUUGCUGCUGUGGGAGACUCUCUGACUGCAGGGAACGGGAUUCCAACCAGCCCCAACAACAUCCUGGGGGUCCUGCAGCAGUACAGAGGAUUGUCCUGGAGUAUCGGUGGAGAUGAAAACCUCACAAGUGUCACCACACUGCCCAACAUCUUAAGGUAUUUUAACCAGAACCUGACAGGCUACUCUCUUGGAAUUGGUCAACAGAACACUCCUCAGGCUUCCCUCAACCAGGCUGUGACUGGAGCUAAGAGCAAGGAUGUACCAAAACAGGUGCGAGCCUUAGUGGCAAGGAUGAAGAAUGACUCAAGAAUCAAUUUUGAGUCCGACUGGAAGGUGAUCACCCUUUUUAUUGGAGGGAAUGACGUCUGUGACCACUGCUACAACUCUCUGCUCUACUCUGUGGAUAAUUAUGUUCGUAAUGUCCGUAACAGCCUGGAUUAUCUACAUAAAGAGGUCCCCCGUGCUCUGGUGAACUUAAUAGAGCCUCUUCAUAUUCUCCCGCUGAGAGAAAUGCACACGGACGCUUCACUUAAAUGUCCGACUUGGCUCGUAAAAAUUCUGUGUCCUUGCGUUAUCUUACCAAAGGCCAACUCUCAAGCUCUGCAAAUGUUGGAGAACCUGAACAGAGGCUAUCAGCAUGCACUGUCUGAGCUGGUGGAGUCAGGCCGCUACGAUACUCGCUCAGACUUCACUGUGGUCAUCCAGCCUUUCUUCAGAGAAAUCAUCGUUCCCAGACUGCCGGAUGGCCGUCCUGAUCGCUCCUACUUCAGUGCUGACUGUUUCCAUCUCAGCCAGAAAGCUCACACGCUGAUGGCCCGCUCCCUCUGGAACAACAUGUUGGAACCUCUCGGAAAUAAAACUUCCAAACAGGAUUUUUCUGCAGACCCUGACAUCAGCUGUCCAACCAAGACUUCACCUUACAUUCGGACCUACAACAACAGUGAUUACUCAUAUGCUGGUCCCCCUCCAACACCUGGACCUAUCCAGAACUGGGGAAGUGACUUCUCAUGCGUGGACCUUGCUCCAUCUGACUCUGUGCCAACUUUAGUUCACCAGCUGAGACCAGCAGACAUCAAGGUGGUGGCAGCACUGGGAGACUCGUCAACGGCAGGCACAGGCGCUAAAGCAAAGACUUUGUUUGACCUCAAUAAGGAGUAUAAAGGAGUAUCAUGGAGCAUUGGCGGGGAUAAAUCUCUGGAGACUGUCACAACACUACCAAACAUCUUGAGGAAGUUCAACAACGCCUUAAAGGGCUUCUCCAAAGGCGUCGGCUCAAGACAGAAGGCCUUCAACAUGGCUGUACCUGGAGCUAAAGCCUCUGAGAUCCCAGCACAGGCCCAAGCUCUCAUCAAGGCCAUGCGGGAAAAUAAGGACGUGAACUUUGAAAAGGACUGGAAACUUGUCACAAUAUUAGUCGGCGGAAAUGAUCUUUGCAGUUACUGCAUAGACCAGAAUAAUCUGUCACCUCAGAAUUAUAGUCACCACAUCAUGCUCGGUUUGGACAUGUUACACAAAGAGGUACCAAGGCUGCUGGUUAAUGUUGUGGAGCUCUUCCAGAUAGAUACUUUGAAAUCAGUUAAGGAGAACACACUUGGCUGCUCUCUCCUGCAGAGGACCAGCUGUCCCUGCGUCAUCAACCCAGCUGAAAACUCCCCAGAGCUUGAAGUGAUAAAACGUGUAAACUCCGAGUAUCAGGCUGAGAUCCAGCAUCUUAUCUCUGGAAAUCGUUACGAGGGAAAAGACGACUUCGCUGUUGUCCUUCAACCCUUUUUACAGAAUACCUUUAUCCCUCAAGUCGGGGCAGGAGAGGCUGACUCCAGUUUCUUCUCUGUGGACUGUUUCCACAUCAACGAGCGAGCUCAUGCUGAGAUGGCCAUUGCCCUCUGGAAUAAUAUGUUGGAGCCAGUGGGCAGAAAGCAGGCAUACAAUAACUUCACAUAUGACCGCUCGAAAAUCCAUUGUCCCUCUGAGGCUAAUCCCUUCAUCUUCACUAAAGUCAACAGUGUACGAAGUCCACCAGUGACCAUCACCACCACAGCCACCAGCUUUACCAGCCCUGCAUCAACAGUCAUUGUGCCUUUAUGUCCCCCCUCUUUGCCUGUGUGGGUGCCAGUGAUUGUGGGAAUCCUAUGUUCAAUGGCUGGCAUUAUUUUUGCUUGGCUUCUUCUCUCCAGUCGAAGCAGUCGGAAAAACAAAGUGGAGAAAGCAGUGGAACUGAAGGGAACUGGUUUUUAAUUGUUCCUACAACGCUGUAUUUAUUGUGAUCAUGAUAUUGAAGCCUUAAAGCUGCCUCGUAAAGUUUUUGACCACAAGCGGGCACAAUGUCCAGAAGAAAUACUUAGGGGCAACGCAGCGGCCUUCUUUCUUGCCAAUUUGACAACUUGACCAAUUCCUCUGUGUCUCUUUAUCUCUCAAAGACACAGUUCUCUCUUGUGAAAAGUCAGUUCUGGUGUUUUGAUGUGGGAGUAGCUGUUGUGAUUUUGUGCUGGUGUUAUAAGCUUUUGAAACCAAACACUUGGGUUAACCCUAACCCAAUAAUCUUGAAAUUAUAUGAACAACUAACUUAAAAAAAACCGCUAAGAGAUGCAUAGAGUGGCAUACUGGGGUGUACAUUCGUUUUAGUUGAAGUGCAAAUCGCACUGUGAUCACAUUUUAGAGAAUAAUGUGGUUUGUCUUGAAAAUACAAAUUUAUUGUGCCUCAGGUAUGUGAAAAGUUUUUUUUGUUUUUUUUACCUUUAUAGAAUGGUGUAGAAUAUUCAAUACUGUACUGACCUUGAUGAAUCUGUUUGUUUUUUCUUUUUUCUUUUUUUUCAUUUCGCUUUACAAAUUUUUAUUUAUUGAGAAAAUAGAACUAAUUAAACAUUGAAGCCAUAGUU